CACCGACUCCGGCUCGUUGAGCUGAAGCAGCUUCUCCUUUGACCACGACCAACCGUCACCAUAUACUCAUAUACGAACCGUCACUUAUAUUCCUUGUGCUCCACUCGAUCAUCACUCUUGCCAAUCAAAUCUUCUUGUGUCAGUCAACAUGCCCGCACCCGUGACCGUCCCCUGCCAGUACAAGACCGGUCGGACGUUGGGAAGUGGUACCUAUGCCGUCGUCAAAGAAGCCGUCCACAUUACCACCGGGGAGUACUUUGCGUGCAAGGUGAUCAACAAGAAAUUGAUGGCAGGGAGAGAACACAUGGUCCGAAACGAGAUCGCCGUCCUCAAACGAGUCUCCGCUGGCCACCCUAACAUCUGCCGUCUCGUCGACCACUUUGAGACCGCUCAUAACCUCUACCUCGUCUUUGAUCUGUGUACCGGUGGAGAGCUCUUUGACCGGAUUUGCAGCAAGGGGAACUAUUACGAGCGUGACGCAGCAGAGAUCGUGAGGACCAUCACCAGCGCCGUCAAAUACCUUCACGAUGAAGGGAUCGUACAUCGGGACCUUAAGCCCGAGAACUUGUUGUUCCGGAGCAAGGCCGACGAUGCCGAGCUCUGCGUAGCCGAUUUCGGGUUGUCUAGGAUCAUGGACGAUAACAAGUUCAACGUCCUGACCACGACGUGUGGUACGCCAGGAUACAUGGCGCCCGAGAUCUUCAGGAAGAGCGGGCACGGGUUCAAGGUAGACGUCUGGGCUAUUGGUGUAAUCGCCUACUUUUUGCUCUGCGGAUACACACCGUUUGACCGGGAGACCCAAUACGAGGAGAUGCAGGCGAUCAUCCGGGGUGAUUACCGGUUCGAGCCUUCGGAGUACUGGGAGGGCGUCUCGGCACAAGCCAAGGCCUUCGUCAAGCGAUGCCUCACCGUCGACCCUACCAACCGACCUACCUCGGCCGAGAUCCUUGCAGAUGACUGGCUCCGAGUCGUCGGUGGUGAUAACAAGGAUCCGGGCGUUUCUACCCCUCGUGGAGGUACCACAGACCUAUUGCCCAAUGUCAAGAAGGCCUUCGAUGCCAAGAAGACUUUCCGAAAAGCCGUCCUGGGCAUGAUGGCCAUGCACCGAUUACAAGACGGUCCUAGUUCAAACAGCAAGACCGAGAGCGCGAGGAUGAAGGAGGAACUCGCCGAGUACAAGCGAGAGGCUGAGGAUGAGGAUGUCGAUCAAGUACUGGACGAAGGCAACCAAGGUCCCGGAUCGGAUCGUCGGUCGUAAUCGACCGCGUUUUUAAAACAAGGUUUUCGGCUAGAUCCCGUGUUGCUUGGUUUUUGGCUCGGCUGGGCUUAUUGUAGUAUAAGAUCGUUCUUCUCUAUCGCAGAUGCCGUACUUCCUUCUGCUCAUCUA